CUGUUGGUGGUGGUUGGUGGGUGAUGACGCGCUACGCAUUUGCCUCGGCGGCUGCGUCGUCGUUUCGCCAAUUCGCGUUUUUUGUUGCGUGUCUCGCUUCGUUUCGCCGUCACUUCGGUCCGCCAACAACGUCCGCCGUUGAGGCGUAAGAUCAGCGGCAUGCCCUGCUGGCCCGUGCGGCGGUGGAGCUAAGAUGUCCGAGGCGCCCACGGAGUUGCCGGACUGCGUGGUGCUGAAGGUCUUCUCGCAUCUCAAGCUUGGGGAGCUGGUGGCGGUCAGCGCCGUUUGCCGACAGUGGUUCUUCGUGUCCCGCGAUGAGUUCCUGUGGAAGGACUUGUUCUACCACCACUUUGGCAUCAACCGCUCGGUUCCGCGCAUGCCCGGUGUCUCCUCGUGGCUGCUGGAGUUUCGGCGUCUCACCGACGCGGUCCCCUGCGUGGAGGUGGCAGUGCUCAAGGAGCACAAGGACCAGGUGCUGCACGUCGCCUUCUCGCACAAUGGGUUCAUGUUUGCCUCCUGCUCAAAGGACUGCACCAUCAAGGUGUGGAGCAAUGACGUGGAGGUGUCGGUGCUAUACAGCGAGAGCAUGCGGCAGUACAACUGGAAGCACACGCAGUUCUCACAGUUCAACGAGGACGACUCGCUGUUGCUCGUGUCGGGCGUGCACGUUGGCCCGCACAAUGCCUCGUCUGGAGAGAUCGCCGUCUUCAACCUCGACGACUUCUCACUGCUGUCGCGCGUGAGGAAUAAGCCAUACACAGUGUUCGGCUGCUGGCUCAACGAGACACACCUCAUCUCCGGCACCGUGCACUGGAUGGGAAACCUCACGUCCUGUUCCGUGCUCUGGCUCAACAAGGCCUUCCAGGACAUCGAGUCGGAGACGUUCAACGUGGUGCGGAGGCUCUUCAAGUUCCAGAAUCUGAACGCGAGCACGGUGCGCGCUGUGAUGGUCGCCGACCCGGGCCGUCGUGUCCGUGCCGACUGCAGCACCGACGACGACCCCGAGCUACAGUCCGUGUGGCUGCCUGGAUGUCACCCCCUAAUGGAGACAGACCCCAGCCACACACCGGACUCUGAAGGAGCGGAGGACGAGGCGGACGAGGCAGCUCGGCCCGAGAGGGACGCCUGGGGAGCAGGCUGCAGGGAUGACGCUGCGCUGGAGGCGAUGGUGGCGCAUUUGGUAAUGGGAGAUCAGCGGGUGCAGAGGGCAGCAGAUGCCACUCACAGAUCCGACUCCCCUGCCACCGCAGCUGCCGCUGCUUCUACGUCGGCGUCAGCGCCGGCAUCGCUGCCGCCAGCGUCGGCAUCGUCCUCCACGCAGCCGAGUAGCCAGUCGAGCAGCGGCGCCACGUCCGAUGCUGACGACAGCUGCCCCCAGAAAUACCUCAUCUUCGUGAAAGGGGGGCUCACCUACACUCCGCACAAGAUUGGCAUCAAGCGCAUUGCCGCGGAGCAGAUGUCGUGCGACUGCCCUGACGAGACGGGCCACGAGGAGUUCUUCGACUGCAUCGACCACCUGAUCGACGUGCGGGGGCAUGUCGUGGGCAUGGGUCUCUCUCCGGAUCACAGGCUGCUGUACGUGAGCUGCCGUGCGUGGCCAGAGGGCUGCAUCAUCAGCGACCCCCUCAACCCGCCGCCCAUCGCGCAGGAGAUGGAGCUGCGCGUGUACGAGCUGGGCACGGCGCGCGAGCUCAAGCGCACGCCGCGCGCCCAGCGGGCCUACACCCCCACCGACGAGUGCAGCUUCUUCCAUCUGCACGUCAGCCGCCACUUCAUCGCGAGCGGCUCAGAGGAUCACAACGGCUACAUCUGGGACCGGCACUACAGCGUGCGGCUGGCGCGCCUGCCGCACGACGACUGCGUGAACUCGGUGGCGCUGAGCCCCGUGGAACAGGAGAUGGCGGUGACGGCGAGCGCCGAUCACACGCUCAAGGUGUGGCGCUCGGCCCGCGUGGCGCGCAUCAUGACGCAGACGCGCAAGCCACGCCGCACCACCUUUUCCUGGCUCAAGAGCUAGCCGGCAGGACGACCUCUCUCAGUCAGCCAGUUGGCCGGCCGGCACACCUUCACAACGCCUCGCUGUCUGUCGCCUGCCCUACUGUUUCGUUUCGAUGUAUCAUUGCGUUUGAUUGUCGCAAUCUGAGAUCGGUGCUCUGACGUGACCGAUGAGAUAUCGCUGAGAGACAAUCCAGCCCAAGUAUCUGGGAGUCGGCAGUGCACGGUGUCUUUUUAUUUGCCAUGACGUGGCCAAAUUUUGAUUUAAAGCUUUCGUGACUGCAGGGAUUCAUGUUCUUGGUUCUUUCGGUAAAGUCACGUAGAAGGGAAAUAAUAAAAUAAUAAAAAUAUUAACCAAUACACAUUCUC